GGAGGGAGGAGGGAAGCGGACUUUGAACGGGCGGAAUAAAGCGAACAAAGGCUGGUCGUCGUCGUCGUCUUCUCUGGGGAAAGGGAGCGGGGAAGGGGCCACCCUCGCCGGGAAUGAAACCGAGGGGCGAGUCCCCAGGAGCCGGGGGCGGCUGAGUCUGUGGGGGAGGGAGGCUCCGUAGCCGUGGAAGAGAGCGAGCGAGCGAGCGAGGAGGCGCCGUGCAUCCGUCCUCCUCUCCUUGGUUUCCCUCGGCUUUUUAGGGCCGGGCGGCGCGUCGUGUCUCCUGAGAGGCGGCUCGGAUUGGGCUCCUCCUCCUCCUCCUCCAUCUAUCGGCGAUGAGAAGGAAGCGGUGGCGCCUGGGGCUCGGUGGGGAUAAACCGAGAUAAGAGAGGACCGAAAUAAACCUGACGGCAUAAAGGAGCGGAACAAGCCCAGGCAGAGGACCGGAAUAAGCCCAGAUCAAGGGCCUCCGCCGCCUGGACGCCCGGCUCUCCCGUCAACGGAGGAGGAAGGCCGGGGCUGUGGGGAGGGGGAAGUGGGAUGCCCACCGGCGGCGCCUUCUGGAGGGCAAGAAGGUCGAAGGCUGGCUCCGGCCCUUCCUCCUCCUCCUCCUCCUCCAAGGCAUGCCAGCCCUUCGUUGAUUAUGGGCUUGUUCGGAAUCCCUCCGGAGGAGAAGCAGCAGCAGCAGGGCCCUGGGAUAAGAAGACAUGGCAGGAGUGGCCUGGCUGCAGCUCCCUGAAAACAGCCCUUGGCCUUGAAAGAGAGGAGCAGGGGCAAUAGUAGGCGAAAGAAGAGAGGCUUCACUCUACAGCUUCUGGGCUGCUUCUGCUCCCUCAAAACAGCAGCAGCAGCAGCAGCUUCCCUUGAAAGAGAGGAGCAGCAGCAGGGCAUUUAUUUCCCUGGGAUAACAAGAGAGAACACUGCAGCAGCUCCUUGGCUCCCUGGAAACAACCCUUUGCCUGGAAAGAGGCGCAGGGCAUCCCCCAGGAUGAGGAAAAGGAGACCUCUCUCCAGCCACGUUGAUGCCCCUUUCAGGCUUGUGUCCUGAGGAGAAAAUAAGAGCAGUCUGUUUUGUGUUGGUGGCCGAUGUUCAAAGCAGCCUUAGCAACAGCUCCCUCUCCUCUCCCUGAAAUUUACAGUGAUAUAUAUAUAUAUAUAUAUAUAUAUAUCUAGUGGUACAUUGUGGGCUGACAGUGACCCUGUGGGUUGUUUCCCAGCUUGUUGCACUUGAAUCUGGAUUUCUGCCUGGAAAAAUGAUUAGGGUUUAAUUUAAUUUUAUUUUUUUGGUGAAAUGAUCUGUGUGAAAGUCCUUGUCAAACCUUUGUGACACGAACUGAGUCGUUUAUGAAAGCGGCUGCUGCAAUCUUGGCCAAGAUGCCGUUCAAAGAAGUGGACAUGGGACAGAAACCGAGCGGCCUGUUAAACAAAAGGCAGAGCGCUUCAAAAUCCUUUUGAUGUUUUAGAGUUCGUUGGCAGUUGAUUCGUAUUUUAGCUUUUGUAGACCCUUUUUUUAAUUGUUAUGAUUAUGCAUUUAUAAAAGAACUACUUUGAAGGGUCUUUUUUGGAAAGAAAGGCUGCCCAUGUGGUUCUGGAAUGACAGCUUUGGACUCUCAAGAGUUAACUGGGUGUUUUAUGGACUUGCUUUAGGAAAAUAACUGGCAGUGUCUCCUGGGGAGCAUCUUAUCUGAGAGAGAGCCGUUGCUGUUGCGAGGGGUGCUCCCCUCUUCCUUCUUCCUUGAUGACUCCUGGAGGACCCAUGAAAGACUGUGAAUACAGUCAGAUCAGCACCCACAGCUCCUCUUCUCCCAUGGAGUCUCCCCAUAAGAAGAAGAAGAAAGCCACUUCCAAGAGGAAAUGGGAGGUUUUCCCCGGGAGAAACAAAUUCUUUUGCAACGGGAGGAUCAUGAUGGCCCGCCAGACAGGAGUCUUUUACCUGACACUUGUUCUCAUCUUGGUUACCAGCGGACUCUUCUUUGCAUUUGAUUGUCCAUAUUUAUCGGAUCAGAUUACACCUGCUAUUCCUGCAGUAGGAGCAAUUCUCUUCUUCUUUGUGCUGGGGACCUUGUUGCGUACUAGCUUCAGUGAUCCUGGAGUUCUGCCCCGUGCAACACCAGAUGAAGCAGCAGAUCUAGAAAGACAAAUAGGUAACACAGAAGAAAUGGCAAAUGGCUCUAGUUCUGGUGGGUACCGUCCACCUCCCAGAACAAAAGAAGUGCUCAUCAAUGGACAGACAGUGAAACUAAAAUACUGUUUUACUUGCAAGAUUUUCCGCCCACCACGUGCCUCACAUUGCAGCCUUUGUGAUAACUGUGUAGAACGAUUUGAUCACCAUUGUCCCUGGGUAGGCAACUGCGUGGGAAAAAGAAACUACAGAUUUUUUUAUAUGUUUAUAUUAUCUCUGUCUUUUCUGACAGUCUUUAUAUUUGCAUUUGUUAUCACCCAUGUCAUCCUUCGAUCUCAGCAAACUGGUUUCUUAAAUGCACUCAAGGACAGUCCUGCAAGUGUCCUGGAAGCUGUGGUGUGCUUCUUCUCUGUUUGGUCCAUUGUUGGGCUCUCUGGUUUUCAUACUUACUUGAUCAGUUCCAAUCAAACAACAAAUGAAGAUAUCAAGGGAUCUUGGUCAAAUAAAAGAGGCAAAGAAAACUUCAACCCAUACAGCUAUGGCAACAUUUUCACUAACUGUUGUUCUGCACUCUGUGGGCCUCUUUCUCCCAGCUUAAUUGACAGAAGAGGAUUUAUACAGCCAGAUACGCCGCAGCCAGUAACUCCUUCAAAUGGCAUUACAAUGUAUGGGGCCACACAGUCACAGAGUAACAUGUGUGAUCAAGAUCAGUGCAUUCAGAGCACCAAAUUCGUUUUGCAGGCUGCUGCCACUCCACUCCUCCAGAGCGAGUCCAGCAUAAAUAGCGAAGAACUCCAUUUAUCUGGAAAGACUUCUAUCGGUGCUCCCUGUGCCACAUUAACACUGGGGCAGCCCACGCCACCCUCCUCCAUGCCAAAUCUUACAUCAGAAACGGGUUUGGCAGACAUGAUACCAUUAAAAGAGGACCUUGAAAGUCAUCAGUUUCUUACUCCUGAGGAAGCUCCAUCACCACCUGGGAUGUUGCCAAUGGGGAGUUCUAUGAUACACAGCCGUACCAUGCAUAUCCUCAGCCUAGCCAGCCAGGACUCUUUGCAUGAAGAUUCAGUUCGUGGCCUUGUAAAACUCAGUUCAGUCUGAGCAAUUUUCAGCAUAACAGUUAUGUUCCAUAGAAUUUGCAAUGCCACUUUUGGACUCUGUGGUGUAUAUGUCACUAAAAUGUAUAAUGAAGUCUACUAAAAGGAUGAAUUAUUUUUGCUCACUGAGGUUACAUCAUUUCAUAGCCAACUGGAUUUCAUAGUCAAUUGGCUUGGAUUCUGUAGUGACAUAGACUAAAUAACAGAAAUGUACAUUAAACUUAUUUGAUGAUUAAUGGCACUUAGUGGCUUGACAUCCUGGUACUACAAUGUUGAUUAUUAUAGUACUUAAAAAUAUUACUGGAACUAAGAACCAUAUUCCAUGUUUUAUGAGGUUUUGUAUAAUAUCACACUUGUAGCCAGAUAGGCCACCUUCCUCAUGUUACUGUGCAACAGAUAUUUAAAGUUUAAGAUUAGUAUUCAUUUGAUACAAAACCAGUAAAAGACUGCAAUUGUGGAUUUGCAUGCCACGCUACAGUGUAUGUUACAGUAGUGUUGGUAUUGAGAGAAAGUGCUGCUUUAUUAUUUGUGAGUUCCAAAGUGCUGUUUCAUGUAAAAGACAGUACAACAAACCAAUGGGCAAUUUUUUUAAAAACUUGAUGAAAAUGUUUAUAAAUAAAUGAACUGGUGGUAUUUCAAAUGUGGAGAGCUACCAUGUUUUGCAUAUCAUUUGAUUUUGUCUGGAUUGAGAUAGUGUGUUGUGCCAUACCAUGGGUUUCUCUCUUCCCUCUUGCUCACAUUUCAUUACGUUAGAUAUGAACAUCAAAUAAAAUGGCAACCUCUGUUUCACUGAAUAUAUGUACAAAUAUAUCCAUAUAACAGAUAAAUAGCUUCUUGGUUAUAGGGUUUGUUUGUUUUUAAAUAGGAUGAUGCAAUUAAGAAAUACAAGGUAAAACCUAAACUCCAAUUAUGAAAAAAAAUUAAUAUUGUGUAUGGUUUUGUAAAAAAUAAGCUGUCAGAUUUUUAGGACACAGAAUGCCUACAUCUGAGCUAAAUAUUGAAAUAACUUGAAGUUAGUAGGUUGUAUUCAAAAAUCCACUUCCAUUUACAGAAGGGGCUUUGAUUCAAGUGAUUCAAGUGUCAUAAAUGGAAUGAAGCGAUCACCAUCAAUUUUCCCUUACAAUCCCUGACAUCCUUUUUCUAGAUGGGUGGUAGACUGUCCAGAAUAGCAUAGAGGUAGUUCAGGGAUUGAUGUAAUUGACCUCCCCCCCAAAGAUGGCCUCCUCCAUCCUUUUGUUUAAAGGAGUCUCCACUAGAUUAAUGGGUUUUGCCUUAACUUAAAGGCUUUUUUUGAUGCAACCCAGUGUCUGCUUUGGAGUCCCAUAGCCUGGGUACCAAGAGGAAUCGCUCAAGUUGGGGGUUUGCAAGGUGAGCAUGCCAAGGUCCUCUAACUUGGCAAAGGAAAAUAAGUCACUGAGAUGUACCUAAGCUAUAUGUGACAAUAACUGCCAUUUCAGUAUGGUCAUUUUCAGCUAUAGCUUUAUCUUAAUUUAUGAUACAGAAUUAUUGGAUGCUUUUAAUUUUAGAUUAGGAAAAAUACUUAUGACUUAAAGGAAACUGUUUCCCCUCAGGGAUAGCCCAAAAGAAUAUACAAUGAAUAUUAAAAAUAUUUGUAUCCCUGCAUUUUGUCGUGCUUUUUAAGAUUGCUAGGACCUGCAAUAAUCUUUUCUCAGGACAAAAUUUAGUGCCGAGUAUUUUCAAAAUUUUAGAAGCAUGACUGCAGGUGACUACUUUGAAAACUAAAAUUAUGUAGACAUUGUAUUUGUUGCAUCUCUGAGACAUACAAUUCAAAGGAGAAAUAAAAGCACAAUGUUUCAAUUGGAAUAAGGCCAUCUCUGUUAGAGAAAUAUCAGAUGAUAUACUGGCAAGAAGCCUCACACUGUGUACAUUUUUAUAGAAGAUAAUUAUUUUUUCUCUGAGUGGUGAUACAGACUUUCACCAUGUUUGCAUGUAUAGAGAAAAUUUUGAUAUCCACAGGUUCCUCUUUUGUUCCAUUUUGCAGAAAACUAUGCAUGAUCUGCAGUUACGUGAUUGUGAGCCAUUGAAAUGUAAUGGUUUUGAGCCAUUGAAAUGUUUACAGGUUUUCAUAUAAAGGGAUAUUGCCUCCUUUCCUGUGUGACCUCAUAGGAUUUCUUUAAAAUCCUUCAUAUGUUAUUUCCUUUAGCAUAUGCCUAUUCCAAAGAAUAACAAUUACUUUUUAGAGAAAUUAUCUUGAGUUAGAUAAUGGAUUGCUUUACUAGCAGAAGUUAUAUAGAAAGAAUUCAGCUGUAAGUACCAGUGUAACAGCCAUAACCACAUCAACAUUUUCAGUGGAGGUCAGAGAGGUUACAUCCUUUUAAAAAUCCCUAAUGUAAGUUUCACUGCCUCCAUACAACAGACACCUCAGAGGCAACAAUCUCAAAUCAGGGUUUUUUUUAAAGUUUGUGAGCAAAUUAUGUUACAAAAUGUGUAAUGAUAUGUAAUAGAAUUACACAGCACAUUCUGGAAACUUGGGAGAUAUUGAUUUCUUGCUGUCCUAUCUUUCUGUCACGAGCACAUUUUGCUAUAAAUCAACUGAGGAAAAGAAAAAUAGUGAAAAGGAGGUGCGUGACUCUUUCAGAGGCUUAUUUCAUUAAAGCAAAGAGGUUUUUUAGCCAUUUCUGAUAGUAGCAGAAGAAAGGUUCAUUUAAGUACUCCAUGAAUCCAAAAUUAGUUCGUGAAUCUCAAGGCACACACCAAUAUUAGAUUAAUUCUGUAUAUCUGCUUAAUAAAACACAUCUUCAUAUUUUACCAUUUUUACAGACAUCAGAACAUGAAGCCUCCAUUCCCUACAGUGUAGAAAUAUCAACCAUAAGAAAUAUUUUACUCUCCCAUAAUGAUUUCACAGCUGUGGAGCAUACACAAAGGAGUAGAACUGUUUAAAAAUUCAUCUGAUUACAUUUCCAUGGAAAUACUUUGUUUUUUAAAUAGGGGUGUUUGGAUGCCUUAUCAUUAGGAAACAGCAGCAUCAUACAUGGCAUACAUAAUAUGGUUCUGGUAGAAUCUACUGUGUCAGGGUGUCAGAAUGUUGUCGUACAGUUGUUUUUUCAGUCCUUAUGUAAAGCUUUAAAAUGCUGCACUGCCACAUUAGAAUACCUUGUUUGGUUUACUUAGCGCUCAAGGGAAGAAAAUGCUUGACAGAAAUAAAGUACUGUGAAUACCUAUUUUAGAACAAAUUUAUUCUUUGUUUGCAUUAAUGUACAGUAAUUUUUUGCUGUUUAUAAUAUUUUUGACUUUGUGUUGAAGAAUAAAAAAUACAGCAUUUUUAA